AUGGAUAAUCAAUCUUCUUUAUCAGUUCAUCCAUUAUCUAUUCCUCCUUUGAGCUAUGUAAUGGCGUCAACAUAUACAUCUGAAGUUGCAAAACAAUAUUUGAUUGCACAGGAUGCUUUAUAUCCAAGAAAUCAUAUUAUUUUUACUUGUUCUGGUGGCAGUUCUAUGGACUAUAUAUUUGAAAAAGACAGAGACUACAGUUACAGAUGCAGUGAAGUAAACAGCAUGGAAGCAACAUGUUGUAAAAGAGAAAGAAAAUCUGAAAGAUUGGAUUCUUUCUUUGCACAAAGACAUCUUUCCUAUGAUAUUUUUAUGCAAGGAAUAUAUUACUGGUUAAAUCAGAUUCCUAGAAUGACAAUAGGAGUUAUGCUUGGUGUUUCUCCAGAAACUAUAAGACAUCUCAUUGCUAGUAUUCACCAAUUGAUUCAAAUGGAUUUAACGAACAAUGACAUGAGAAUUGAUAAGUUUAUAAGAGAGGUAUUGAUGCCAAUGAUUAAUCCAUUAUUGUUGAAAUUGAUGAAAGCAAAUUUGGAAAGAGGAAAUAUCACCGAGGACAUUGAGUCUGUGGAAUGGAAUAAAAAUGAACCGCAAGGCCAGAUUGUGAACAAAACAAAUGGUGCCAUGAAUGUUGAUGGAAUUCAUAUGGAGAAAAAAAAUAUGAGAACAGAUUGUGGCAAGGAAUGCUAA